AUGACUCCGUUCCUCGUUGUUUUCACCAUCCUCUUGUGCCUGCGCACCCCAGCAAGUUCCGCCGUGACAGACACCAUCUUGCCCGGCCAAGCACUUGGCGUCGACAACAAGCUCGUCUCCAGCAAUGGCGGGUAUGCGCUCGGCUUCUUCCAGACUGGACACACCGCCAACUGGUACCUUGGCAUAUGGUUCAACACGGUACCAAAAUUCACUUCAGCAUGGGUUGCAAAUAGGGAUAAGCCAAUCAGGAACACCACCUCACUGGAGCUCACGAUCUCCCACGAUGGCAACCUUGUCAUCGUAAACUGGUCCACCAAGUCCAUGAUCUGGUCUACACAAGUAAACAUCAAAAGAAAUAUCACCACUGCUGCUACGCUGUUGAGUAGUGGAAAUCUUAUCCUGACAGACUCUUCAAACUCAUCAGAGGUUUUGUGGCAGAGCUUUGACCACCCCACGGAUACAUUUUUUCCUGGGGCGAAGCUCGGAUGGGACAAGGUCACAGGCCUGGAGCGCCAUUUUGUUUCUUGGAAGAACUUGGUCGACCCGGCUACCGGUGCGUACUGUGAGCAGUUAGACCCCAGUGGUGUUGACCAGUUACUGCUUGUAGCACUGAACUCAUCCAUACCAUAUUGGUCCACUGGUGUAUGGAACGGCAAAUACUUCGCUGCACUUCCAGAAAUGUCAGCCCGCCACUCUAUUAGUGCAAAAUUUGUCGACAAUGACAAAGAGAAAUACUUGACAUAUAAUUUAGUAGCUGAAUAUAUGGAUCCAAAUAUGGUUACUCGCCAUGUCAUUGAUGUCUCGGGUCAAGCAAAGACAUUCAUUUGGAUGAAGGGCUCAGAGGAUUGGGUAAUGAUCAAUGCUCAACCAAGAGCUCAGUGUGAAGUCCAUGCAAUUUGUGGACCUUUCACAAUUUGCACUGAUAAUAAAGUUCCACACUGCAACUGUAUGGAGGGCUUCACCAUAACAUCCCCCAAGGACUGGGAGCUAGAAAAUCGAGCAGAUGGGUGCUCGAGAAAUACUCAGUUAGACUGCAUUAGCAACAUAAGCAAAACACACACCACAGACAAGUUCUAUUCUGUACCAUGUGUUAAGUUGCCCCAGAAUGCCCCAAAAGUAGAAGCUGCUGCAAGCAUGAGUGAGUGCGCACAAAUUUGCCUGAGUAAUUGCUCUUGCACCGCAUACUCCUUCGGCAACAGCAGAUGUUCUAUGUGGCAUAAUGAAUUGCUCAACAUAAGACAACUACAAUGCAGUGACACUACAAAUUCAAAUGGAGGAACUCUUUAUCUUCGUCUUUCUGCUAAAGAUGUACAAAGUUUGAAAAACAACAGAAGAGGGAUAGUUACUGGAGUUGUAAUUGGUACAGGUAUUUCUGCUCUAGGCUUAUUUGCACUCAUCCUCCUACUAAUGGUUUGGAGAAACAAAAACAAGAGAUCUGGUCAAAUACAGAAUGAAUCUGAAGUUUGUGAUGGAAUCACUGCAUUUAGAUACAAUGAUCUUCAACGAGCAACACAUUUUUUUACAGAUAAGUUGGGUGGAGGCAGUUUUGGUUCUGUAUUCAAGGGGUUUAUAAAGGGCUCCAAUGCCAUAGCAGUGAAGAGGCUUGAUGGUGCUUAUCAAGGAGAGAAGCAAUUCAGAACUGAAGUGAGCUCAAUUGGAGCUGUCCAGCACAUCAAUUUAGUUAAGCUUGUUGGUUUCUGUUGUGAGGGUUCUAAGAGGUUGCUUGUUUAUGAAUACAUGUCAAAUCGCUCUCUUGAUGUCCAUUUAUUUGGAAGCAACUCAAUGUUAAAUUGGACUGCUAGGUAUCAGAUAGGCUUAGGUGUUGCAAGAGGGUUGGCCUACUUGCAUGACAGCUGUCGAGACCGCGUCAUACACUGUGAUAUCAAGCCAGAAAACAUACUUCUUGAUGCUUCACUCCUUCCAAAAAUUGCAGACUUUGGGAUGGCAAAGCUUUUAGGAAGGGAUUAUAGCAGAGUAUUGACAACAAUUAGAGGAACUACAGGAUACCUUGCGCCUGAAUGGCUUACCGGUGUUCCUAUUACACCAAAAGUCGAUGUUUUUAGCUACGGGAUGGUGUUGCUGGAAAUAAUAUCUGGAAGGAGGAACUCAUGUCCGUCAUGUCCCAGUGGUGGCAACACUGAUGUUUACUUUCCUGUCCAUGCCGCCCAUAAGCUUCUUGCAGGAGACGUCGGGACUUUGGUAGAUCACAAGCUACAUGGUAUUGCCAAUCUAGAUGAGGUUGAAAUUGCUUGCAAGGUUGCGUGUUGGUGCCUCCAAGAUGAUGAGCUUGAUCGGCCAACAAUGGGACAGGUGGUUCAGAUUCUUGAAGGGCUAGUUGAGAUCACAAUGCCCCCGAUACCAAGACUGCUCCAAGCUAUGGCUGGAAGCUCGCAUUCAACAUGCUCCUUUUUUGUUUCAGGAAAAAGAGCUGCAUUGCGCGUCUAG